UUCAACGUGAAAACACGGGGUGUUGUAAAUAAUUUUAUUUUUACAGGGUGUUUUUCAACCUCGGGGUAUCGAAUUAGCAGCGAUGGAAAGCCAGCGAAAUUUCAGCCGCCUCCGAAGCCCGUCAUUAUUGACAAGAAGAAGGAGAGGGAGGCGAGGAGGUUCUUGAGUCCUGAAUUUAUACCUCCCAGAGGGAGAACAGAUCCUUUUAAAUAUUAUAUAGAAAGAAAGGAUAUGAUACAGAGACGGAAAGUCUUCAACAUCCCAGAGUUCUAUGUUGGCAGUGUACUUGCCGUUACUACUGCAGAUCCAUAUGCCAAUGACAAAGCCAACCGCUUUGUAGGCAUCUGCAUUCAAAGAGGAGGAAAAGGACUUGGUGCUACCUUUGUCCUUCGGAAUGUUAUAGAAGACCAAGGUGUCGAAAUACGCUAUGAACUGUACAGUCCUCGCAUCCAGGCGAUCGAGGUUCUGAAGCUGGAGAAGAGGCUGGAUGACAACCUGAUGUACCUGCGAGAUGCCCUCCCUGAAUAUAGUACUUUUGAUGUGAAUAUGAAACCUGUGUCUCAUUUAGACCAUGAAGAAGUUCCUGUUAACAAGCUGCAAGUACGAAUGAAACCUAAACCAUGGUCAAAACGGUGGGAAAGGCCAAAAUACAACAUCAAAGGAAUAAAGUUUGAGCUACCUGAAAAAAAAAUGAAAGAAGCACAGAAGUGGAGCCAGCCGUGGCUAGAGUUUGAUAUGCUGCGAGAGUAUGAUACUUCAAAAAUAGAGGAGAAGAUUUGGAAGGAAGUGAGUGAAGAGCUUAAAAAAUAAUAAUGUUUUUUGCAGUCUAGGAAUUACUGAGAAAAU